AUGGAGAUUACUAUAUCGUUGACUGAAGCACUUCAACAAAUUCCUGUUUAUGCAAGGCGUAUAAAGCAAUACCUUAGAGAAAAGAUAGAUUCUGAGGAGAAAGCUACUGAAGAACAGGAAGGUUGCAGUGACACUUUGAAGAAGAAACACCCUCCAAAAAUGAAGGAUCCAGGAAGUUUUGCAAUACCUUGUGCAAUUGGGAGUGUGAAGAUAGGGAAAGCUUUACUUGAUUUAGGGUCAAGUAUUAACCUAAUGCCCCUAUCUAUGCUAAAGAGGAUUGGUGGUCUUACUUUGAAGCCAACAAAGAUUCCAUUGUUCAUGGUGGAUGGAUCAUCAAAGAAACCCUAUGGUGUGGUGGAGGACGUUGUGAUUCGCAUUGAAAGGCUUGAAUUCCUGGUUAAUUUUGUGGUGAUAGAGAUGAAGGAAGAUGAUCAGAUCCCGAUCAUCAAAGAAACUUACUUUCACUACUUUAAAAUCACAUACCUUUACUUGGAAACAUAA